GAAGAUUCAAAAUUAAAUGAACUUAGGAACAAUUUUAAUCAACAUUUAAAUCCACGUAAAGUUGAAGUAACAUGGGCAAGUGAUUUGCCUUUAGAUACAUUUGUUUACCUAUUAAAGGAAGGAAAUGUGAGAUUUGAAGCGAAAGAAUAUCUUAUCAAGGGGAACGACAUGAACCUAUUUGUUUCGCUUGCAGAUCCAAAAGUUUUAAAUAAGAAUUUAAAACAAAUUGAAAAUUUGAUUUUAAACUUUAAGUUCAUCCCAUUCCCACAUAGAUCAAACUCAUUCCUAUUAAAAUUUGACAAUGUAUUUCAUUACCAUCAAGGAGUUCAACCAUUCAAGGAUGGUUACGAGAGUGAAAGUCAAAUCAAAACGAUCGUGAGGGCAAUCAUAAGUAAACCAAAUCUCGUUAACCUAUGGAAGGAAAUAGGUUACGAAGAGAUUUGUGUUGAUUUUAAUGAACUCGCCUUUAUCUCACUCUUUCCAAGAUACUCUUCAUUAAAUUGGAACUUUCCCACUUCCGAAAAAGUACAAAUACGACUUACAAAAUUGAUUAAUGCAGGAUUUGAACUAAAUACCUGUAUUAUGAUAAAUAUUUUUCAUAGGUUUGAAUAUAUGAUAUUGGGUAAAAUAGGUGAAAUUUUAUGGGAUGCUUUCACUAGGAUUCGAAGUGACUUAUCAACAUAUUCAUUGGUCUACGAACUUUUUAACGAGUUAUUUGAACCAAAAAGAUUCCUUAGGACAGUAAAUAUCUUUGAAUUUCUCAAGUCAAGGUCAGAUCAACACGAAGAAAUUGUGAUCCGGAUCGUUGAGAAACGUUUUAGAAACGAAAUUAUAGACGAUGUCUCAAGGAAGAAAUCACUUAUCCUUACCCCAAAAGCUUAUCAUUUCAUCCUUCAAACUUACGGAGAAAGGUCCGAAUUAACCAUGAAAUGCUUUAAGGAUUUACUAGCCUUCAAAGUUUAUUUUAAUGACUCCAUUAAUCCAUUACAAUAUAAAUACUCUAUCAAUGUUGCGUUUAAACUUUAUAAUGAAAGGAUCUAUUAUAAGCCUGAACAUAUCAAAUUAUUAAGGCAAGCAAAAGCUUUAGUGUUGUUACAACCAUUCUUCAACGUGUUCAUUCCUAAGGCUUUCAAUACCUCUGAACAUGAGAGGUUAAUUUGGUUGGAUUUGUUGAAUUCUUUUGAUGGAGAUGAUGACGAUUGCAAAUGUUUUAACGAAUGUUUACUUCAUUGGAAAUUAAAAUUUUCCCAUAGUAUAAUACCGUUAUAA